CUUUGCAGAUUAAAGCCCAAUCUUGUCUGCUGGAAAGCAUUCACUGCAGGUCCAGAACAAUGGCUGCCAAGCUGAUUGAUCGGAAGUUUCACAACGUCCCAGGGAAGCUUCGCGUGGCCGAGCUGUUCUUUGACGUUCCUCUCAAUUACACCAACCCCAAUGAGGGCAACCUGAGGCUCUUUGCUCGAAGCGUCCGGCGUCUGGUUACUCCAGUCGAGCCCAAUGCCGGCAGCAACGACGACAAGCAGCUUCCAUGGCUGGUCUACUUGCAGGGUGGCCCCGGGUUCGGAUGUCGUCCGCCCCAGGAAUUCGGCUGGAUCAACACCGUUCUUGAGAAGGGCUACCAGGUCCUAUUCCUAGACCAGCGCGGUACUGGCCUCAGCUCGACCAUCACGGCGAGCACACUGGCCCGCCAAGGUAAUGCAGUGAAGCAGGCGGAGUACCUGAAGCAAUUCCGUGCCGACAACAUUGUCCGGGACUGUGAGGCCGUUCGGCGGUGCCUCACGACCGACUAUCCUGAAGACAAGCGCAAAUGGAGCGUGAUCGGCCAGAGCUUCGGGGGCUUUUGCAUCACAUCCUACCUCUCCAUGUUUCCUGAAGGGCUCUCCGAGGCCUUCAUUUGCGGCGGUCUGCCGCCGCUGGUCAAUGAUCCCGACCCUGUUUAUGCGCGUACAUACGAGAAGGUCCUCGAGAGAAACAAGGCGUAUUAUGCAAAGUUUCCUGAAGACGUUGAGCGAGUCAAGCGGAUCAUGCAGCAUCUCAAAGACAGCGAGGUUGCUCUGCCCUCUGGCACGCUCACCCCGGAGCGAUUCCAGCAACUGGGUAUCGCUUUCGGCAUGCACGGUGGCCUUGACAGCGUCCACGAUCUUGUGCUACGCGCCUCGAACGAUCUAGACGUGUUCGGCUUCCUCACCCGCCCAACCCUGACUUCAAUCGACAGCCACGGUGGCAUGGACAACAACGUCAUCUAUGCCAUCCUGCACGAGGCCAUCUACUGCCAGGGACAAGCCUCCAACUGGUCUGCAGACAGAUACCGUGCCACCAACACCAACUUUCACAUCAACACGAGUCUCCCAGAAAUCCUUUUCACUGGUGAAAUGGUUUACAAAGACAUGUUCGAUUCGUACACGGAGCUCAACCAGAUCAAGGAAGCAGCAGACAUCCUCGCAGCCACAAGUGACUGGGCCCCGCUCUACGACGAGGCCCAGCUGGCGCAGAACGAGGUCCCUGUCUACGCGGCCACCUACGUCGACGACAUGUACGUGCACUUCGACCUCGCACAGAACACGGCCGCCAAGAUCAAGGGCACCAAGCAGUUCAUUACGAAUCUCAUGUACCACAAUGCUAUUCGGGCAAAGUCGGAUGAGGUGUUCCAGCAGCUGUUCGCCAUGAGGGAGGAUACCAUUGACUAAGACUCGUGCAUACAAAAGGAUUUAGCGGUGCAUGUUACCAGACAGGGCGUCUAGAAUAGCCGGAUCGUCUCUCCAUCUUCAUUGUAGCUGGCGUCUUCAUUGCAUUGAGACAACAUCAAGCGGCAUGAGUCCUAGUAUGUGCGUGGUACACAUACCAGUUGUCAGUCUAUAUACAUAAUCUGUAUGCGGGGCUGAGACGGUCGUGUUCUAUGGUUCCUUUCCGCCUUCGCCGUCAAAAGGGGGGGAGGGAAAUGUCGCUCAAAAAACCUAAACAAGUCGAAUCCGUU